GGAGGGAAGAACUUGAAUGGUGUUCAAAUAUGGCUAGCGUUGGAUGCAAUUUUCUUUGUAGGGGAUGUGAUGAAAAAAUUUGUGAUGAAAAGUUUUCAUACAAAGUAAAAAAAGAAAAGGCCUAUGUAUCAGGUGUUUUAGAUUGUGUGAACAAAAAAACAGGGCAUGGAAAGAAUCUUAUUCUUGUAUGUUCAUGUGGAAAAAAUAUUGGAGAAUUUAUUACUUACAAGAAAGAAAGGAAGUAUUGUUUAGAUUUGAAGAAAGUCACAAGGUGCACUGUAAGAAACAGUGAAGACAGUCAUACAAAGAGUCUUCGCCAUCAAGGGAAAGCAGUCCCAUUGCCUACAGAUGUGUUUGCUCCUACAGUGAGCAAGAACAUACGCGUUGCCAGUAACGAACCUGCCAAGAAUUCGACAGUGUAUGGAGAAGAGGCUGAAAAAGAAAAUGAAAUUAAGCAGCUGAAGGAAACAAUAACUGCUUUGAAAGAAAGGAUGAAGUCUAUGGAAAGAGAGAAUGUAAACAAAUUUAAAGAUGUUUGUGGAAUGUUGCUUUCACAGAAACUGGAAAUUCAGCGACUUCAAGAAAUUAUUUGGGUUCUGCAUCCAAACAUCAACUUGGAGCAAGCAUUCUCUGUUGAUGAUAAAGUAUUAUACUUCAUUCCUGAUUCAGUUACAUCUGCUGAUAAUCUGAAUGUUGAAGAUUAACUUUCAUGUCAGAGGUUGAGUUUGUUUCUGCUUAUUUUUAUUAUUCCAUAAAUGCUCUAUAAUUGUACUUAACUUGGUAUAUCCAUCACAUGUGGUCAGACCCCUUCUUCCACUCAUCUUCAUUUCUGUUCACUUUUUUGGCAUUCUAUGCUCAUGCAUUCUUUUAACAUGUCUAAACCAUCUUAAUAUAUUUCUAUUUGGUUCUGUAUUUCAUCAUGAGCUCUCCCUUAAUGUAUGUGUUUUUGAUUCCAUCUCCUGGUUUUCCCCACUAUUUCUCUUGGUAAUUUAAUCUCAACUGCUUGUAGUUUACUUUCCUCUCUUAGUACAUAUCCAUGUCUCUGCUCCAUAAACAGCACCUUCUUAAAAUGUGCAUUAUACAAUGUAAUCUUGCAUUUCUGUCUGAAUCGUUAUUCCACAACAAACUCUUGGCUAAAUGAUAAAAUCUUGAAACCUUUCCCAUUUGUUCAUUUUGGAUCUUGCCACUAUCCUCCACCACAGUUCCAAAGUUGACAAAUUUGUUCAACCAAAAUAUACAAAAAUAUGGCAAGACCUAAUUAUCAAAAAAAUAUUGUAUUAGGUUAAGUUAUUGUUUUGGUUCAAUAUAUCAAACAUCUUUUGCAUUUUGUGAAUUAUUUGUGAUGUGCCAGAACAUGUAACCAGUGAUCUGUUAAGCUGUAAGAAGAAUAAAGUAAUAAUUUUAAAUUUUUAAUCCCCAGUAGUGAUCAAUAUAAUACAAACAGGAGUUGGUAUGUUAUAUUUUAUGAGGCAUAAAGUUAUAAAAUAAACAUGUAAAUGGAAACAGUGAAGUACAGAACUGUCAUGAGAAAGUGUUGCACCUUUUCAUGCAGCAGAACCUACAGAAUUUCUUAAAAGGAUAUUAGUGUUACUCUAUUUUUAGAUGUACCCAAGUAAAGCUGAAACUGGGUAUACUUCAUGUGUUCUGAGAAGAUCACUAUUUUGAUUUUCUUGGGCUUGACAUGUGUUGCAUGUUUCUGUUAUAUGAAGCAUUGCAAAAUUACUAAUUUUAAUAUCAAAGCAAAUGUGUUCAUAGUACAUUUUGUGUUCAACAGAGUAUAACUUUACACCAUGAGUGUGGUACAAAAUGAGGUGGAAGUUCAAUAAAUAGAAACAAAGGGUA